AUGCCAAAUGACUAUGCUUAUGUGGGUCCCUAUCGCCUGGAGAAAACUUUAGGAACAGGGUCGUUCGGAAAGGUGAAAUUGGCAGUUCACAUCCCUACAAACAUUGAGGUAGCCAUCAAGAUUCUGAGCAAAGAGAAAAUCAAACAAUUGGAGAUGUCCGAGAAGGUCAAAAGAGAAAUUCAGAUUUUACGUUCAUUUAAGCACCCGCACAUCGUUCGAUUGUAUGAGGUCAUUGACACGCCCUCGGACCUGUUUUUGGUGACUGAAUACGUGCGUGGAGGAGAACUGUUUGACUAUAUUGUGCGUCAUGGUCGUUUACCAGAAAAUGAAGCCCGAAGGUUUUUCCAACAGAUUAUUAGCGGGAUUGAGUACUGCCACAACAACGGAGUGGUUCACCGCGACCUCAAGCCCGAGAACAUCCUACUCGACGAGUACAACAACAUCAAGAUUGCGGAUUUUGGACUGGCCAACUUUUUAGUGGAUGGUUGCUUUCUCGACACAUCCUGCGGCUCCCCCAACUACGCUGCACCGGAAGUCAUCUCGGGGCGGAUGUACGCUGGUCCGGAAGUGGACAUCUGGUCCUGCGGCGUGAUUUUGUACGCUUUGCUCUGCGGCCGGCUGCCCUUCGACGACGAAAACAUCUCCGUUCUGUUCCGGAAGAUCAAGAACGGUCUCUACCGCCUUCCCAGUUUUCUCUCCGAGGGAGGCCGCGAUCUGAUUCCGGAGAUGCUUCUGAACGACCCAGUGAAGCGCAUCACCAUCCCCGAGAUCCGAAAAGAUCCCUGGUUUCUUCAGAACUGCCCGCCCUAUCUCGCGAUUCCGUGGAAAGAAUACGACGCGACGUUCAAGUGGGACGCUCCCAGAGGCGCUCAGCGGUAG